AUGGCAAGCCGCCUGAGCUGCAGACGAUCCACCAUUGGCCCACGGCACUCGCUGCUGCUGAGAGCGCCAGAAGAGGUACCCGCCGAACUUCGAGGAUUGCCAGAAGACUUGACCAGGCGGAUCGCUGCCGCAGCUUCCGAGUCCGCGCUCCGAGAUGUCGCGAGUGCAGUUGUGGAGGAGGCGCUGUCGCUAUUGGAUCAUCGUGGGUUAAUCAAGGACUUGGACAAGAUCUGGCCAACGACUCGGGCGUGUCAGCUGGGCACCUCAGAAGUGCUGACCCUGACCUCCGCGAUCAAGAUGUCAUUGGCCUCCACCCUGCGGGAGAUGGCACAGUCUGCGUGCGUGCCGCGGCGCAAGGUCUUGGCGCUGUUCAACUUCCUCGCCGAGCUGUGUUGGGCCAACUACAUGUGCCCGUCCGAGCAUGCAAUUCAGAGGGCAAUGCACUGCCUGUUAGACGCAGCCUCAGCUCUAAUCGAAUGCCCUGGCAACUCUGAGCCGGCUGGGUGGUACGUGGAGUCUUGUGCGUACUUUCUGGCCCGGGUGGGGGAGAUCAUCAUGCUCAACCCCCUCGAGGUCUUCAAUGUCUUGGAUCCGCUAUCGGCCAGGCUGGCAUCAUUGGCCCGGCAACUGCCUCGCCGAACGAAGAGCUUCGUUUGGUUACUCCUGCGACGUCGGGAAAUGAUGUGGCGAGGGCAUCUGCAGCUCGCCAUCAGCCCAAGCUACUGGCAAGCUUAUUCUGGAGCCCGGCUCGUCCUCACCGGCCACUUCAAGGGGGACCCGAAGUCCUGCUCCCUCGCAGAGCUGCCCUGGUGCGCAUGUGCCUCUAUCAUGCGCUUCAUUUGCGAGGGCAACUCGAUGGAUGCCGCUGAAGCUGUCUGGAGAAUCGAGAACCAGGUGGAGAUGCCUGCGACCGAUGACUGGCUCUCUCAAUUCCUCGAGCAGCUGCCCGCAGUGAGUGCAGCGAAGUCAAUUCACCAACUUCACCGAUGGUUGCAGAAAGUGAGUGACAUGUUCGGUGCUACGCAGCCGUUCGGCGCCACCGCUGGCGGUGGUGGAUUGUUUGGCGGUGGGGGUUGCGGCGGCUGUGGGGGAUUUGGCGCGCCGCAGAUCAAGGAUCCCAACACAAACCAGGAUGCACCUGUACCAGAGGGCCCCAGCGAUGCCAUCAGCUGCUUGCGUUGGUCCCCUGCAGCGAACAUUUUCGCCUGCAGCUCUUGGGAUAAAAGUGUCAGGAUCUACGAAGUCACUGCGCAGAAUAUUGCCCCGCGAAUGGCUUACAACCAUGAAGCACCUGUACUGUGCUGUGCCUUCUCUAAAGAUGGUCAGCGGGUCUUCAGCGGUGGCUGCGACAACAAGGUGAAGAUGAAAGUGCUGCAAACCCAGCAGGAACAGCAAAUAGGCCAGCAUGACGCGCCAGUGAAGGAGGUCUUUGUGCUGGAUGAGAUGAACAUGGUUGUUUCCGGUAGCUGGGACAGGACGCUCCGCUUCUGGAACCUUCAGCAGCCCACGCCGGUGGCUACUCUGCAGCUUCCAGAGCGAGUAUACACCAUGGACGUGAAGUAUCCCCUGCUUGUAGUUGGGUGUGCUGAAAGGCACGUGCUAGUGUACAACCUGCAGGCUAUUCAACAGAAUCCAGCCCCCUAUAAACAGGGCCAGACGGCCCUGAAAAUGCAGACGCGAGCCAUAUGCUGCUUCCCUGACAAGACUGGCUACGCGGUUGGAUCUGUAGAGGGCCGGUGUUCCAUCGCCUACAUAGAGGACACGAGCAAAAACUUUGCCUUCAAGUGCCAUCGCACAAACACGGAGAUCUAUGCGGUGAAUGACAUCGACUUCCACCCACAGCUGGGGACUUUCGCCACCUGCGGUGGCGAUGGCACCUUCGUUUUCUGGGACAAGGAGAAUAGACAGCGCCUCAAAGCUUUCAACUCCUGUGGUUAUCCAUUGACUGCGGGGAAGUUCAACGCACCAGGAGAUUUGUACGCCUAUGCGGUGUCAUAUGACUGGAGCAAAGGGCAUGAGCACAAUCACCCGAGCUUGCCUAAAGGAGUCUUGGUUCACAAAGUCCAGGCUACGGAGGUGCAGCCGAAAGCGGGCUCUGCAAACCAGCGUGCCAAGCGAUGA